UCCGCACAAAGCUGACCUGGGUCGUCUUGUUCACGGCUACCUUUCACCCUUUUCACAGACGCUGUGGAACCGCGGGCGGGCGUUACUUGCGGCCGGUUCGAUCGCGGACCGGGAUGGAAAACGCUACCUCGUACUUUAACCUGACCAUGUUUGUCCACACCGGGCCUUACCGUUACCCGGCCUUCGCCGUGUGCCUGGCGCUGUACGGCUUCAUCGUGUGCGCCAACCUGGUCAUCAUCCUGGUGAUCUGUCGCGAGAAGAGCCUCCACGAGCCCAUGUACAUCUUCAUCGCCUGCCUGUCCUUCAAUUCCCUCUACGGCUCCACCGGCUUCUUCCCCCGACUCCUCCUGGACCUGCUGUCCGACCGCCACCUCAUCUCGCGCAUGGCCUGCUUCACGCAGAUCUACAUCGUCUACACCUACGCCUCCAACGAGCUGACCGGGCUCAGCGUCAUGGCGUACGACCGCUACGUGGCCGUGUGCCAGCCGUUGCACUACCACGCCAAGAUGACCGCCGGCAGGGCGUUGUCGCUGGCGGCGCUGGCGUGGGUGCUGCCGGCCUUCUCCCUGGCCACGUGCAUCUACCUGUCCGCCUCGCUGCCUCUGUGCGGCAACCGCAUACAGAAAGUCUUCUGCGCCAACUGGAACGUGGUCAAGUUGUCGUGCGUGCCGACCACGCUCAACAACGUGGUGGGCAUGCUGGUCACCGUCACCACCGUCUUCUGUCCCCUGGUCUUCGUGCUGUACACGUACGCCCGCAUCGUCAAAGCCUGCUGGAGACGCUCGGCCGAAUUCAAAGGCAAGGUUUUCCAGAGCUGUUCGGCGCACGUGGUCACCUUCGUCAUCUUCUCCAUCACGGCCUUUUGCGACAUCGCCCUCAGCAGGUACGACCUGGAGGAGAUGAACCCCUUCGCCGCCGUCAUUUUGUCCCUGGAGUUUGUCGUCAUUCCGCCUUUUCUCAACCCUCUGGUGUACGGCAUGAAGCUGCCGGAGAUACGCCGGCACAUUUCCAAACUGCUGGGAGUCACCGAUUGAUGCAUUCAGAGCAAACAUGUCCACGUUUCCUCGUGUCACUUAUGUCAUUGAUUGAUUGAUUGAUACUUUUAUUAGUAGUUUGCACAGUUCAGUACGUAUUCCGUACAAUUGACCACUAAGUUUUUCAACUUGUUUAAGUCGGGGUCCGCGUUAAUCAAUUCAUGGUAGUCACAUGACUAUUUGCACAGCUUUAUUUCAUGACGAGUAGGACUUUAUUAUCAAACCAUGAAUUCUUCCUUUUUGCUGUCAUGUAAAAACUCUUCCUAAUAUUUAGCUGACUUCAAGUAAUAAUGUAGUUUUUAUGAUGGAUCUUAAAUUUACAUGUUUAUUUUUUUAUUUUU